GCCAGGGAUACAGCAUCGCUACGAUUACGGUCACAUUAUUUUUAGAGGAAUAAACAAAAAGCAAGUUUUCCAAGAUAAAACCGCAGCUAUGUAGCUAAUUUUGGUAAAUACGAGCAGAGAGAUCCUUACAUCUGGCCAGCAUGGAACGGUUCGCCUUCAAGAUUGACGCGGCGCUGAAGGCAAACCUCUACAAGAUAUGUCGGCUGUGCGGCAUCGAUAAUCCUGAAAAAGUUCAGAUUGAAAAUGCGACAGAUAUUAUUGACCUGGACGAGCCCAGUCUGUGCCAGAAGGUCUACGAACUGGUUGGGUUUAAGGUUUCGUCCGCUGACAAAAUGCCGCAGACAAUGUGCAGCCUGUGCGUGGAUAAAAUCAAUGAUUUCUACGAGUUCAGGGAGAUGUGCUAUGCCACCAAUAAGCAAACGCGCAACCUGCUGGGUCUCCAGCAACUAGAGCCGGAGAAGCUUGAGAAUUUUCAUCCUGUAGUUAAGGAGGAGCCUCCAAUGCCCUACACAGGUCCCAGGCGCGGAAGAAAAAGGAAAGUGCCCAAGGAAUGGCUUAGAAACAACUUGCUUAAGGCUCAGAAGCUGAGACUGCAGCAGGAGGACUCUGGUUACCUUGUACCGAAAUCAGAGCAAGAAAUAAAAGAGGAGCCCCUAGAUCGCCCAAAUACAAGGAAUGCUCCCAAGAGAAGGAAAACCGCAUGCACCGUAUGUGGAGAGAAAUUUAUGAGUAAGGAGCUCGCGGAAAGGCAUAAGAGCCAGGUACACGUGCCUUCAAUUCCGCGCUACAUAUGCAACGCUUGCAAUCAGACACAUCACAGACCGCGAGACAUCCGGGCUCAUCAGCUGUGGCAUAAGCUCUCGAAGACGCCCUACAAAUGUCCACUGUGCGAUGCCAGCCUUGCUAACGCCUACGCCUUUACCCGCCACGUGCGCGAGCAUACGCCACCGACGCCAGUCCAGUUACUUGUCCUGGAUCGCGAGUGCCCGCUGUGCAAAACGACAUUCGUCACAAACUAUCUUUACAAUACCCACCGAUGUGCCAUUCGAAAACGUAAGUGUGGGGGUUGCAGUCGUGCUUUGAACACAGAAUCUGCUUACAUGCGGCAUGCCCCCUGGUGUGCGAAGAUCUAUCUCCACCACUCAACUCACAUUCUGCCUGAGGUGGUGAAUAAUGAGUCCCAGAUACAGAUCAAGAACGAAGUUGAAGAAUUCGAUCUAAGUGGCCUUCCACCGGCUACCGCUAUGCCGGCAGAUUUCGUGAUAGACGAUGAAAUGCAGCCAAUAGUGGUCCUGGAACGCCUGUCGUCUCCCCUAUUGGCGGCAUCGACGGAGGCCAACAGACCCGGCCCGUCAAAGAACAAGAGUAGCGAACGAGUAUCCUCUAAGAAGUACUUGAAGCGUGUGGAUCAGCUACUAAAGAACACAAUGAGUACUUUGGUUAGCAUCAAGCACGAGCCAGAAGUGCACAUCAAUGACACAGGACCAACUGAACAGCCGGAUGUCGAAACUGAUCCAGAGGAGGAAGAAGCUCGAGAUCCACCUGAGCUUGAAGAUCAUUUCAUGGCCGGUAACUAUGACAGUGAUGAAGAACCAACGACAUCUUCAAACGCGAUUGGCACUGAAAACUAUGCCAAUGUUUCUUCUAUUUCCGUAAAGCAAGAACUCGUAGACGAGGCCUACGAGAAACAAUUGGAGGUUAAGUCGGAGCCGCUUAAACUAAAAUUAAAAAUAACUAAGAAUCAUGGCAAGCUUAACUCCUCAAUUAUCGAUGAUCUCGAUGAGGCCGGCUUGGCGUCUGGCAGAGAACACAAAAAGAAGAAGAAACGUAAACACAAAGAAAGGGAGAAGGAGGCCCCCUCUGACACUGCCUUGAAUGUGCCCAUGGUCAAUAUUAAGCAGGAACCAAUCGACAGAGAUAGUGCGUCUGCUGGCUUGGUCCCAGAGGCCACAGUUAUGACCACCAUACCCAUCACCCAAAUCGGGAACAGUUUCGCAAGUGAGAGUGAACAGCUGCAAGAAUCGGUGGCGCAUGAGGAGAUGCUUUCGGAGAAUGAGGAUGUUAAACCAAAUAUUCAGGAAUUGGAUCGUCUUAUGCAGAUAUCGCACGUAGUAAGUGGUGUGGAUAUGGCGGAAGAGGCCAUGCCCUUGGAAAGAGCUGUGGAAGCGAAUGAGAAUGAGGUGGCUACGAAACAGUCUCCGCCAAGACCUAGGUCCACCGCGCGGAAGAGCACUGCUGGGGCCGUGCGCAAGCCAUCUAUUCCAGAGAAUAACUCACCUUUGCCGCAGAUCGUGGCGGUGGAAGGUGGCGAUGCAGUCACCUUUAACAUGGUACCGGAUGUUCGCAUUAAGGCAGAGCCUCUUUAUCACGGAUAUGCAGACGGUGAACCAGACGACGAACAUACCGCCUUGGAAGAGAUAAACCAUAACGAAAAACUGGAGGCAGAAAAUGCGUAUAGUAACAGUAUGGACUUGGGCAACGUUCCUGUCAAGCAAGAAAGGGACUUGGAUAUAUCGGAUGAGCAAACUGAUUCGCAUUUCAAUGGAUUGAAUAAGGGAACCGACAGCGAAGAUGACGAUGGGAAUGAAGAUUCGUCGGCUGACGAAGCCGAGGAAGCCAUGGAGGAGGAGGAGAAGCGCAUCUAUCGCGAAAUAGAGAUGCCGCCAUUGGAACCGCAAGACGAAAUUGAAAAAGCCGCGCCCUCAGCACCCAACCUUUACGAUUCAGAGGCUUCUGCAGGCAUUAAAUCAGAUGCUACCCCAGUUAACUUGGUCAUAACCAAUAUCUGCAGCCAAGCAGAAGAAAGUUUCAAUAAACCUACGGGGGCUGUAGGUAGUUCUAAUCUUUCCAAUGAAAGUCAAUCCUUGGCAUCUGCUGAAAGAGUUAAUCCUGCAUCUCCUGAUGAAACACAGGAGCAAGAUGUUAUUGAGGCAACCUUUCCAGAAACUGUAGAGAGUCAUGAGAGUUUGGAGAAUUCCUCUGUUGGUGCUGCUAGUUGUGCUGUUGAAGACCGUAUUAGUCCCCCCGUUGCUGAGGAAGAUCCCCCUCCAAGCACUAGUUCUACUCUGCACAACCAGGGAGAUUCAGGAUUACCGGCUGUAUGUGAAAGCCAAGCUGUCUCCACCCCACCCAACGAACCCCCAGAACGUUCUGAGAAACCCGAUAGGAACCCAAGAACCGAAGCAUUUAAUGCGGAAUCUUUACCAGCAAUGUCCCAUAGUUCCCCCAAAGACAGUGAAGCUCAAGCCCUCCCUGUUAGCACGUCAUGUGUAGAAAAUAACUAUGCCAGUGAUGAGGAGCAACAAAAUGUACUCAACCACGAACUUUCGGAGCAACAGGAGCAGCCUCAGCCUCAAUUGGAGGAACCCAUUCCGCCGGCAAACGUUUCUGGAUCCGACGAGGAGGCUGAGAACCGCAUCAAUGAGCAGCAGCAACAGCUGGAGCUCCAGGGCCCUAAUGGGGAGGAUCAGCGACAGCAACGCUGCCAAGAACCCGACGACUCUAACAUCAACGAGAUUGCUGAGAACAAUAACAACGCCAAUAUUGAGCGCGAACUGCAAGACGAUGCGUUAGGGGCUCAGGAAAAUGUUAAUCAAUAGACUUGGACUAGCCAAUAGGCUACACCCAAUAUAAAAUAUAAUAUGUUACCUAUAAAUCACCCAUCAACUUGUAAAUAUAUAUAUAUGCUUUCGUAUUUAAAAAGAAAUGCAGCUCGAUCCCGUGAAGUGCGAAUAAUCUUUGAAGGAAUAGAUUUAGUUUUAAGUUAGAUAUACACAACUUUAUUACAUAAAUUAAUGGCUUAUACAAUAGAAUAUGUAAGUAUUAUGUAUUUAAAUACAUAAAUCGCACAAAA